AAUUCUUCCGAGAGCCACAAUUGUGCCAAAAGCAUCUUGACCUCAGACAGGCUGCAGAUAGUUGUGACCCUUUCGGUGUUCUUUAAUGAAACCUGGGAGGCAGCCAACUGUGCAAAUUGUUUAAAGAACAACAGUGAGGGAUUAUCAAAUUCUACUGUAGAAUUCCUGGAUUUAUUCAAUAAAUCUCUGACAUGUUUUGAACAUAACCUCCAGGGACAAACAGUCUAUCUGUCACCAAAUAACUACACAGAGGUAUGUAAAAACUGCAACGAAACCUACAAAAUGUUGAAUGACCUGUAUAACAACUUGCAAAGGAUGAACAGGCAAGGCGGUGAGUCCGGGCACUCCACACACUUGUGUAUCGACGUGGAAGAUGCAAUGAACAUCACUCGGAAGCUUUGGAGCAGGACUUUCAACUGUUCUGUUCCCUGCAGUGAUACAGUCCCAGUGAUUGCGGUUUCAUCCUUUAUUCUCUUCCUACCGAUUGUUUUUUAUCUUAGUAGCUUCCUUCACUCGAAGCAGAAGAAACGGAUACUCAUUUUGCCCAAGCGCAUCCAGUCAAAUGCCAGUCUUGUGAACAUCCAAGAAAAAUACAGCUGAGCUGCAAAACAAAACCUGAGAACUGCUGCUGGUAUACAGUGGGUACAAUUGUGUUGGAAUGAGGCCGGCACAAAGGGGGAGUUAAUUAUGGUUUAGUGUAAUGAUACAGAGCAACACAAGUUAAACAAAAUGCUGUCUGACUUCUAAGCAAGGAUAUUAACAAACAUGACAAGGCAGGGCUGUGUGAUGCUGUAUGGACUCUGGUUUUGAAAAAUCUGGUUUGUUUUUUUUUUUCCUUCAGUCUUGGGCUGAAGCUGGUGUUUUUCUGUUUCUAAGCUUUUGUACUUCUCAUCAAUAGAAUAGUUACACUUUCCUUGCAUGGUUUUUUUCCUCUAAUUGAUCGUAUUUGUUUCACAGAAACCUGAGAUUCUGAAUCUUUUUGAGGUUAUUUUCAUAGACAGACAAAACUUGAAAUAAUAUUUCAUGUUCCUGCUUGAAAUAUUAUGUUUAAUUCCACAUAACAUACAGUUUUGCCAGACUUGGGAUGGACAGGAAACCUUUGAAAAGAAAAGUUCCCAUCUUUCUGAUAUGUCUCUCUGAAGUCAUGCCGCUGGUCUCUUGGGGGGAGAGGGGGGAGGCAUGAAAUAUGCGGAGGAAGUGGUAAUAUAUAAUGUCCAAAGCCAGCAACAAAAGCAACAGAACUGCCAGUCCUAGGCAUGGAUAAUAGUCAUUGACUACAGUAUUCAGCUAUCUCUGAAGCAGGCGGCAUAUUUAGUCAUUUGCACACUGUAACCACUAAAAUCAUUGCUUUUCAAAUGUUAAAUUUUCAGAGGCUUAUUUUAGAUGUCUGCUUGGGUAGCUGAAUGCUUCACUGUUUGUCUGUUUAUUGUGUUAUUUCCUUUCCUUUUUAAUUAU